CCCGCUCCGGCCCCUCCGGUGUUAUGCGGCGGCCCUGAGGGGCGAGCGUAGCCCGGCAGGACCCGGCGCGGCCCUGAGGGGCGACGGGGUCUCGCUGAGCCUCGCCGGCCAAACCCAUGACUACGGCAAACUGCGGCGCCACCGACGAGUUCGACUUCAGGCUGAUCUUCGGCGAGGACGGGCAGCCCGGCCCCGGGCCGCCGCUGGGGCCCGCAGAUCUUGAGUCAGAUGACUGUGCAUCCAUAUACAUCUUUAAUGUAGACCAACCAUCAUCCUCUGUGAAUCAGCCCAUUUGUAUUCCUCGCCACGGAUUGCAAUCUCACUCCUCUCCUCUGACACCUCCUACAAGACUUCAGAGCCAUAAGAACUAUGAAGGCACAUGUGAGGUACCAGAAUCCAAAUACAGUCCACUAGGUGGACCCAAACCCUUCGAGUGCCCCAGUAUUCAAAUUACAUCAAUUUCACCCAACUGUCAUCAGGGGAUCGAAGCCAGUGAAGAUGAAUUACACACAAAUGGCACAGAAAAUGACUAUAUGGAAAGACCUUCACGGGACCAUCUGUAUCUUCCUCUUGAGCCAUCAUACAGGGAAUCAUCCCUUAGUCCAAGUCCUGCCAGCAGCAUUUCAUCCAGAAGUUGGUUUUCAGAUGCUUCCUCUUGUGAAUCCAUUUCCCAUGUUUAUGAUGAUGUAGACUCAGAGCUAAAUGAAGCAGCUGCUCGAUUUACCCUUGGCUCUCCUUUGGCAUCACCUGGUGGUUCUCCAAGAGGUCCCAGUGAUGAAUCAUGGCAGCAACCUUAUGGAUUUGGGCACGCCUUGUCACCUAGACAGUCUCCCUGUCAUUCUCCUAGAACUAGUAUUACAGAUGAAAAUUGGCUAAGCCCUAGACCAACAUCAAGGCCCUCAUCAAGACCUACAUCCCCUUGUGGGAAACGACGACACUCCAGUGCUGAGAUUUGCUAUGCUGGUUCUCUCUCUCCUCACCAUUCUCCAACUCCAUCACCUGGCCAUUCUCCUAGGGGAAGCAUAACAGAAGACACGUGGCUUAACACUUCCAUCCAUAAUGUACAAGGCCUUAAUUCUGGCCUUUCACCAUUUCAGUGUUGUACAGAGACUGAUAUUCCUCUUAAAACAAGAAAGACCUCAGAGGAUCAGACUGCCACUUUAUCUGGAAAAGUAGAUAUCUGUCCUGAAGAGCAGGGUAACUUGUCAUCAUCCCUCGAAACUGAUGAUUGCCCUGGAUCUCAGCACACCUUGAAAAAAGACUUGCCUGGAGACCAAUUUCUUUCUGUUCCUUCACACUUUACUUGGAACAAACCAAAGCCUGGUCAUACUCCUAUAUUUCGCACAUCUUCCUUGCCACCUCUUGACUGGCCUUUACCAAGUCAUUAUGGGCAGUGUGAACUGAAAAUAGAAGUCCAGCCUAAAACUCAUCACAGAGCUCACUAUGAAACAGAAGGAAGCCGAGGAGCAGUAAAAGCGUCUACUGGAGGACACCCUGUAGUGAAGCUCCUGGGCUACAGUGAAAAGCCUGUGAACCUCCAAAUGUUCAUUGGGACAGCGGAUGAUCGAUACCUACGGCCUCAUGCCUUCUACCAGGUGCACCGAAUCACUGGGAAAACAGUUGCGACGGCCAGUCAAGAGAUAAUCAUUGCCAGCACCAAAGUUUUGGAAAUUCCACUUCUUCCUGAAAAUAAUAUGUCAGCCAGUAUCGAUUGUGCUGGUAUUUUGAAGCUUCGCAAUUCAGACAUAGAGCUCCGUAAAGGAGAGACAGAUAUUGGAAGGAAGAACACCAGAGUGCGACUUGUGUUCCGUGUUCACAUCCCACAGCCUAGUGGAAAAGUCUUAUCUCUGCAGACUGCUUCCAUCCCUGUUGAAUGCUCUCAGCGAUCUGCUCAAGAACUUCCUCAGAUUGAGAAGUACAGCAUCAAUAGCUGCUCAGUAAAUGGAGGUCAUGAAAUGGUGGUGACAGGAUCCAAUUUUCUUGCAGAAUCCAAAAUCAUAUUUUUUGAAAAAGGACAAGAUGGACGACCUCAGUGGGAGGUAGAAGGGAUAAUAAUUAGGGAAAAGUGUCAAGGGGCAAACAUCGUACUUGAAGUUCCUCCAUACCAUAACAAAACCAUUACAGCUGCAGUUCAGGUGCAGUUUUAUCUCUGCAAUGGCAAGAGGAAAAAAAGUCAGUCUCAACGUUUUACUUAUACACCAGUUAUAAUGAAGCAAGAGCACAGAGAUGAGGUGGAUCUGUCUGCUGUUCCAUCUCUGACCCUGCCACACACAAGCAACGUCCAGGGCCUGCAUUCGAUCCGAACUCAGCUGCCUUCACCAGAGCAAGGGCACCCACAUGACAAUUUGCUGUCUACAUCACCCAGAAGCCUUGUGUGUCCUGUUCAACCACCAUAUGCAGCAAUGGUGACCUCAGCAGUGUCCCACCUGCCACAUAUGCAAGGUAGAAACCUUAGUCCAAGUGAAGAGUGUCAUGUUUUGCCUCCUGCUGUGGUUCAGUCUUUUCAGGUAACAUCAGCACCUCCUGUGAGGCCUUCUUACCCGCCUAUGCAGUCUAAUAAUGUGUACAAUGGACAGUCUGGUCUUCCUAUGAACUCAGUCUCCAGCCAAGGAUUUGAUGCUAUUUCAUUUCCACAAGACACAGCUGUACCUCAUUUGAUAAAUCUUGGCUGCCAAGCUCUACCACCAGUGCAGUUUCAUUCUUCAAAUCCAGGUUCUGUGUCAACAUCAAGUACAGCAGGGCACCCCCUGGCACAUCCAGCUCAUUCCGGAGAGCCAUCUGCUCACCUGCCAUCAGUGGGAUACCACUGCCCAAGCACUGGGCAGGGCUCCAUCCCUUCUGCAAUGGGUUGCUCCCUUGGGCAGUCUUCUCCCCAGCUGCAGCAAGUCCCAUACCAUUCUACAAAUCCGGCAUCUGCAUCAUCCCCGUCCCCAACAGCUUCCCACCCGCUGGUCCACUCGCCACUGUCUGGACCUUCGUCCCCCCAGCUACAGCCUCUGCCCUACCAGUCUCCGAGCUCGGGACCCACCUCAUCCCCCCCACCCACAAAUCACUCAGGCCAGCACUCUCCCCAGGCCCCCAGCCCUGCCCUGGGGGCUCUCAGCGCUGUGUCACCCCUCGGGCACCACUCCGUGUGUGACUCAUCUCCCUUUGCACCCGAUGGGGCAGCUAUUAACAUUAAACCUGAACCUGAGGAUCGGGAGCUGAAUUUUCAAACCAUAGGACUACAAGACAUCACACUAGAUGAUGACAGUUUUAUCUCUGACCUGGAAUACCAGCCAUCAGGUUCAACAGAGAAAUGGACUCAACAUUCAGCAUUCAUGUCCAACUCCUAUGUGGAAAAUCUAGAGGUGAAUGAGAUCAUAGGAAGAGAUAUGUCACAGAUCUCAGUGUCACAUGGAACAGCAGUGGCCAGCCAGCCUGCACGUACAUGUCCUGGAUCUCUGGAGACAAGAAUAUCUGAUGGAAUCCAGUAAUGGAUAAGCUAACGACUAAACAUCCUUGAAAACAUCACCGUUUCUCUGAAUAUUUCUUCAUCCUCUUCCUCUUUAGACUUACUGUGCUUCCAACUCUGUGGCCUUUCUGAACUGGAACAGUGGAUCCUUGCAAAACCCUUUUAGUGGGUUACAUUUUUGAUGUAGAGACAGAGCAUUUUACCUGUAGUUCCUCAGAUGCUGUAAAGAGACUUCUUAAAAUGGACACACAGAAUCUACACCAGAUAUUUUAACUGUUUUAAAGUUACAAACAAGCUUUGCUUUUUGCAUUUAAAUAGAAUACUUUUAUAUUCUAAGUGCUUCAGAUGUGUGGAGAUGUUAGUUUGCUCAUAAUAUUCACAGUACUGAAUGUGGAAAAAGAUUUAAUGCACAUCUGCAGUGUGCUGCUUUCCCUUAGAGAUAGUAGAGUUUGUAACUGAUGAUUUGUAACACCUUUUGGUCAUUUUGGAAAGCCUUUAAAGCUUCUAUUGUCCAUUUUUUUUUUUAGUAAGAUCUUCCAGUGGCAAAUCAUACCUGUCAUCUGAAGCCAGUGCCAUGGAAGAGCCAUUGUGUAUAUGAAUAUUGUAGUGUUUUCUUUCUUAGAUUCAUAGGAAGCAAAGCCAAAUGUAGAUCUGCACUUGUUUAUAAACUGAAAAUGUUACUUGAUAGGCUGCAAAAAGACCAUUCCAUCAUGAAAGUGUUGGGAUAGAAAUUACAUUCCAAAAUUUAACUUUUAUAACUUUGUGGAUAAUCUUCCUGAUCUUUAUUAGCACAGGCUCCUUCUUGAAAUAGCAUUUUUCUUAUAAAGUUACAUUUUUAAUCAAAUUUGAGCAGUAGGAUUUUAGAUUAAAGAACAGCAACAUCAAAGCCAUGUUAGAUAACAGAAGAAUAUUUUAUAUUUGCUGAGGAUCUAAAUGUUCCCUGCAGAAUAUGGUUUUGAAAUCACCAGUUUAGUGGCAUUGAAGUUUUUGAUGCAAUAAAUCAUUUGAUCACAUCUGUACAUUUUAUAUGCUGUGUACCUGAUCAUGCCACUUGGAAGUCCUACGGAGAUGACAAUUACAGUUCCUUAAAUUUAGGCUAUUUAUAUAUGUCAGUUUGCUCAAAAAUAAUUAACUGUGAAUUAGUGGUUCGGUAGUGUAAAGUGUCCAUGUUGAAUUGUAAAGGUGUGAAGCAGAAGCUACCAAAGAAAUCCACAAGAUCCACCAAGGCAGCAGUGAACUCUGUGCUGUGCUCUGAGGAUGCAUCUCCCUUACCCACAUGAUCUGAUAAAUUAGAAACAGUCUGUUUACAUAGUUAUUUCAAAAUCUCAGGCCUUUACAAUCAGACACCUUGGAGAGGAUCUGAAACUUCCUGUAACACACGCAUUUCCCUGCCUCCAAAGGCACUCAUUUACAGAGCUUUCCUCCAUGGAACACACAGGGUACAACAGUCACAGCAAAGGACGACUGGAAAUAAUAUGGAACAUCAGAACAUCCGCGAUGGUCAGUUUAGUUCCUCAUUGGGGUGAGCCAUGAUGCUCUAACAAAAAUUGAGUGAAUUAACUCAAAGAACUAGAAAAUUAAAAAGUAUAUCUGCAUCGGAUCCAGUUCAGACAACUGUGGACAGUUUAGCAGUUGAACACAUGGGGAGCACAUGCCCCUCUCUGUAGAUUUAGAGUGGUCUGACAGGAAAAAGCAGUGCUGAGUUAUAAUGCCUGGAGGAGUAAACACGGGUUCUACUGAUGUUGCAUUUUGGCAAACAGUCAUGGGGAAAACUUUCCGUUGAGCCUUUUGCAGGCAAAACAUUACACCUGAAUUGAAGUCAGUGCCCAAGCAAUACCAUUACAAUUGCUGUAAUCACAUCUCUGUAAUAGCUGAAUCAUGAACUUUUAAAAAGGACAUACGCUGAGCAGAUGAAAUUAUAGUUCUAUCACGUAACUUCCUUUUAAGAGUGCAGCCUGAGGCUACUAUCUUGAUGUUUCAUAAUUAUUUCAAACAACUUAGUGCAAGGCCACUAUGUACCUGCUGGGAAUCUUAAGCAUCCAUUUUGUGAAUGUACUGUUCAGUGGUGCAAAUCUUGAAAUUUGCAGAAAAAAAUUGGCAGGGCUGGAAUGUGAAAAGUGUGAUAUUGUAAUUGUCCUCAGCAGUGGUGCUUUACUUUGUCCUCACGUUAAAGAUCCUACAAAGGACUCAUAUGCUCAGAAAUACGUCUACUUGUGUUUUUAACACCUUAAUAACAAAAGAAACCACACAACACUGUAAACUGUGUAAUCUGUCUUCAGAGUGUGUGCUGGUGGCAAGACAUGUUCGAGUUUUCAUUCAUGUGUUGGGUCUUUCGCAUUAACCAUUGUUUGUAGGAGAAUUCUGACUUAAAAGCUUUUCAUGCUAGAUGGGAUUUAUGCUCCUUUAUCCUGCUGGUACAGACUCUCCUUGCAAGUUCUCCAAGUAGCUGGAAUUCACACUGUACCUAAAAUACAGGAGCCCAAACAAUCCGGAGUUGCUAUGCACUAAAUUUUCUGAUGCCUUUAAAUACCUUGAUGCCUGUAGACAUAGAGAUGCUUUCCUAUUUAAAAAUGAAAUUUAAAAAAAUAGCUUUGGAUACUAAAGCAGUUUUGUAUUUGCCUUGUAAAAGCUUCAGUACAAGGGUCUUAAUUUUAUUUUAGCUUGUGUGAUAACCUAGGUAAAGACUGUUAAUCUUGUAUAAUUUUAGUUAUAUAAAAAGCACACGAUCUCUAUUUGACUAUGCAAAUUUAAUUAAACAGCAGAACCCGGUAACUGUUGAUAUUUUGUUGGCAUCCACUUCCUUGCCCUUAAGUCCUCUAUUCUCCCUGAGUAGUUUUCCAAAAAUUUUAAAUAAUUUAGAUCAUCCUGAAGGAAAGCCUUAAUGAUGAAGUAGCUUUUCUAUAAAGAGGGUCAAAGGUCAAUGUUAAAAAAAAAUUAAGGGGUAGCAUAUUAAUCCGGGGGGAGCAGGGUGAGUUCUGAAAUUGCUAUGAACUAGCAAUCUGAAUUUCUGUAGUAAAACUUAUCUGUUAUCAGGGGAACUGCCACCCUUUUUAAACCAAAGAAUGAAAAGAACGUAAUAGUUUUGUUCUGAUACAGAGCUUUGAAACUCUAUUUUUGAUAUUCAUAAUGGAUGUCAUUCCUUGAGGUUUGGAAAUCUUUCAAAUUGAAGUUUUAUAUUUAAAAAUGUGGGACAAUAAAGAUUAAGUUCUAGAUGUUUA